AUGACUAGGAGGUCCAACAAGGACAACCUAGUUGAACAUCCAGAGAUAGACAAGCUUGAGAAGCAACUUAGGAAGCAAAAAGCCCAAGAGAUGGCCGACGAAGCAGCUCGCGCUCACGCCGCUGAAGUGGCGCGCGCUCAAGAAGAAGGAAGAGAUCCACCUCCUCCUCCUCCUAAUCCUGCUGGAGAUGUGAAUGCACAACCUCAAGCUGGAGCACCUACAAUCGGAGACUAUGACUCUGCCGAUGCUUUCUUCAUGGAUAGAAACCCUAUCCAUCCACCACUUCCUGCAAGGAAUGACUAUGAGAUCAAGCCUCAGAUCAUUGCAUUGGUUAGACAGAACCAAUUCAAUGGCCUUCCAGCUGAGCAUCCUCUUGAUCACAUAGAAAACUUUGAAGAAAUUUGCAGCACUACAAGAUCCAAUGGAGUCUCUGCUGACUACUUAAGUGCAAGCUCUUUUCAUUCUCUCUUGGCGACAAAGCUUCAAGAUGGUUGA